UGGUUCCGAGAACUCCCGUCUAGCAAUUCUGAAACCGCUUUAGGCCGAUAUUGGAAUAUUAUUAUUUCCCUCAGAUGUCACUAAUCUUGAGAGCAUCCAGGAGGUUGUGAAAGAAAUGCAGAAGUGUGUUGGAGAAAGUGGAUUGACCCUCCUCAUCAACAAUGCUGGCCUUAAAGUGGGCAACAACCUGGAAAGGGAAAACGCCAAGGAUAUGAUGACGGUGUAUUCCGUCAAUACUAUUGGGCCCCUGCAAAUGAGUCAGGCUUGUCUGCCCCUGCUGAAGCUGGCAGCCCGGAGAAGUCCAUGUCAAGGGUUGAGCUCUAGCAAAGCAGCCAUUAUCAAUAUCUCCAGCGCCUUAGGCUCAAUUGAACUUAUGGAACGUUGGGACAUAGCGAAAAGGGUCGCCUACCGCUGCAGUAAGACUGCUCUAAAUAUGCUCACCAAAUGCCAGUCACUUGACUAUGCAGCCCAUGGGAUUCUGUGUGUAGCCCUCAAUCCUGGUCGGGUGAAAACAUCUAAAGAGGAAGAAUGA